AUGAAUGAGGAGAGCUCCGAGCACGGAGCACUCCCAAACGCAGCGAGCUGGGAUGGUCUCGGGCCCCUCGGCAGUUCCCCCUCUCGCCCCGCCCCUCCGGCCCCGCCCUCCGCGCGCUCUCGCGAGAGGGGCGGGGCGGCGCUCCCGCCGCCGCCGCCGGGCUGGGCGCCCACCCACGCGCGGGUGACGGUGCUGCGGGCGCGGGGGCUGCGCGCCAAGGCGGCGGCGGGCGGCAGCGACGCGUACGCCGUGAUGGCGCUGGGCCGCGACAAGUUCCGCACGUCGGUGGCCGAGCGGUGCCGCGGCGAGCCGCUGUGGCGGGAGGAGGCCACCUUCGAGCUGCCGCCGCCGCCCGCCAAGCUGCGCCUCACGGUGCUGCACCGCGCCCUGGCCGGCGCCGACAAGUUCCUGGGCCGCGCCGAGGUGGAGCUGGCCGCGCUGAGGGACGAUGGGGGCCGGCGGCACACCAGGUGGUACAAGCUUCACUCCAAACCAGGGAAGAAGGAAAAGGAGAGAGGGGAGAUCGAGGUGGACAUCCAGUUCAUGAGGAGCAACAUGACAGCCAGCAUGUUUGACCUGUCCAUGAAGGACAAGCCCCGCUCUCCCUUUGGGAAGCUCAAAGACAAGCUCAAGGGCAAGAGGAGCAGUGGCCUCUCGGACACGGCCUCGGCCAUCGUCCCCAGCACCUCCCACUCCCCUGCUGACAGCGAGGAUGAGGCAGUGGAGAAGGAGAAGAAGAAAUCCAAGUUCAAAGCGCUGUUCUCCAAGCCUGGCCUGCAGAAGACAUCCUUGUCCCAGUCCAUGUCAGUGCUGCCCACUCAGCAGCCCCCCACCCAGAGGGUUCGGCUGCGGCCCAGCGACUUCCAGGCGCAGUGGGAUGAGGAGGAGCCCGAGACCUCUCCUGUCUCAGAACGAUCCUUUGAAAGUGUGCCAGCACAGAAGCCAGCUCCUUCUCCUCUGUUCAAAUCUCGUAAACCAGCCUUUUUGGACAGUAGGCAGCUAACCCAGGGCACCACUAACCACACCAAAAAGGAUGGGCUGUCUUUGUUCAGUGGCCUUAAAUCCAAAAACGAUCCCGUGUCCAAGUCUAGUCUGUGCAUCAAUGGCAGUCACGUUUAUAUGGAAGAGACCACGACGAAGGACAAGACUCCAACCUCCUCCCCCUCUCCUCACAACCUCAGGAGGAAGCAGCACUUUGCUUCAGAGGAAAAUCUCUUCUCCAGGUCCACUAAAUCACCUGAAGAGAUGGGGAGAACCUCUCCUGGGCAGGCAUUCUCUGGGUCCACAUCCUUGGAGACCUUCAAGUCCAUGACUUUGCCAUCAUACAAACUGCUCAGCAGUGAGGAGCACCUGGACACCAGCGUUCCACCAAGCAUCGAGGUUGUUAGAGAGACCAAAAAACCAGACCACAAAAAGUCUGCCUUGCUCUCCCUGGUCACUGGGAAGAAGGAAAUGGUGAAGCCCAGUGAUGCUGAGAUUAUUCCCGACAGGACCCUGCAGAGUGAGGAAAAUACAAUUCCAGAAGAGAAGAGUGAAGAGGAGGCCAAAUGCCCUGAAGCCCCAGCAGAUGUGGGCAGAAGGAGCCCCUCAGGAGACUCCCACCACGCAGAGGAGGCCCUCACAACCAAGGAGGAGGAACAGAAACCUGAGAAAGCUGCGCCGGCCAAGACCAAAGCUGUGAAACCCAGACUCCAUCCUGUGAAGCCAAUGAAUGCCAUGGCAAACAAGCCUCAGAGCAAGAACCUGAAUGUCAUCAGCACCAUGAAUGAAAAGCUGCUGGAAAUGAGUGUGAAGAAAUACGAUCCCUCAGACCCUGCCUAUGCCUAUGCUCAGCUGACACACGACGAGCUGAUCCAGCUGGUGCUGAAGCAGAAGGACACCAUCACCAGGAAGGACCUCCAGGUGCGGGAGCUCGAGGACUACAUCGACAACCUGCUGGUCAGAGUCAUGGAAGAAACCCCAAACAUCCUCCGAGUUCCCAUGGCUGGCAACAAAAAAGCUGGGAAGAUGUGAAGGGUCUGGGGGUGUCGGUGGGCAAGGACUGAACCCCCCCAGGGCAGGGGGAGGAGCUGGUUGUGCUGCUCACAGAAAAUGACCUUUUCCUCUUUCUGCCUUGAGCAACCCUCAGAUUGAUUAAUAGUUCCAUCAGGUGUUGUAAUGAAGUCUCACCUUAUUUAUUUUGGUUUUUAUUUUUUGGUUUCUUCCCAUUAUUUGGGAAGGUCAGGCAUUAAUCCCAAGGCUGGUUGUGAUGGGAAGGAGGAGGGUUUUUGAUGUGUUUUGCUUCCCAGCAAGGCACUGAUGAUCCUUUAGGAAGAAUUUUUUAAAUGGUUUUGUUUUGUAGCAGCUUUUAGAGAUCAGUUACUUUCCUUUCCACAUCUGAAGUUGUAGUGCAAUAUAAAUCCUUGUACAGUAGAGCUUGAGGAUUAGAUUGGUUUUAAAAUAAUAAUUAACUACACUGGAGAAGUCCAAAGAUGGCCCAGCUUCAGAUUGGGGCUGUAAUUUAAAAGGAAUUAAUGCCCUGAAAGCUGACUGUAAGCUGACCAAAUCUCAGUUCAUCUCAUCAAGUGGGCAUUCCCAAGAGUCCUUCAAGGGAAGGUUUUCAGGUUUUUUGGAGUAGGAGACAUUGAGGUUCACGGUACAUUCCUACCAUAGGAGUUCUUACCUCAAUGACUUUAGGCCAAAGGUACAUUUUAAAUCAGAAAUUGUUCUCUUAGUGUCUUAAAUUUCUGCUCUGGAGGUUGUUCAGAGCAGGCAGAGGCAGCCCUGGUCUCACACCUUGUGCCCUGUGGGAGCUCAGUGACCAUUUCUACGCUGCACUGAGGAAUCAGAAAUCCUUUGGGGUUGGGGCUCACCUUGAAGCCCUUCCAAGGUGAUCAGCCCUGCACUGGGGCUCCUGCCUGAGGAAAAGCCUGUGCAGCUGAGGUGUGCUGGACAGGGCAGAGCUCCUGGGGCUCUCAGGGGUGCCUCCACCCCCUCAGGCUGCAGGAGCAGCCACCGCAGCCUCCCCCACUGCAAAGUGACCAGGGCUUGCUUUGCUGAGCCCUCGGCACAGAGCAAAACCACCAGAUGCCUUCUGGGACCCCUGGGACCCAGAUCUGGGAUUUGCCAGGGUAGGGAGAGCCCAGGAAAGGCUUAGAGGGAAGCUGGAAAACCAGCGGAGCCCUGCAAAGGACCAAAACUUCACAAGGACCAAAGCUUAAAGCUUUCCAGCCUUAAUUCUCUGGAAAUAAACACUCCUACCUUGGAAAUGGUUGGGUUAUUGAGUCACUCCUGGCCCAGGAGUGAGUUUUUAACUCCAUUUUUCUGCAGGAAAGCACUUUAUUGGGGGGCUGGAGCAGCUGGAUGGACUCUCACCCCGUGAGCAGUCUGCUUACAAUGUCACAAACCACUGGAGGUCUCAAAUGCUGCAUUUUGGAGCGAGGGACAGUUUGAUAGAUUUGCACAGAGAUGUAAACAUUUAUUACAAAACAAUCAAAGAGAUGCUGUUAAUUUAAUGACCUUUUUAUUCCCGUUUCUUCCUGCUACCAAAGUCUGGAGCUUUAGUGGCAGAGCUGUCCCUCAUGGGCAGCCUGGCCUCAAACAAGCAUUAGGAGCUGAGAGUCCUGCAAGACUCCAGGUGCUUUUAUCUCAUGUUAGUGUUACUUGGGCAGUGAGGGUGUUCUCUGUCUGAGGGCAGGCAGCCUGGGUGGUGGUUUCAUUCUGAGGGGUGCUGCUUGGCCCUGCUGGAGCUGCUGCUGCCUCCUGUGCCUCCUCGAGUGAGGAAGAUGAAGGAUUGAUUUGUUUCCUCCUCGUGCCUCCGUGGGUCUGUGCUCACAGGAUCCUGUACCUCACUGAUAAACUUGUAUUUUAGACUUCUUCUCCUCUGGGGGAGAGUGAGCUGCACAGAACCAAAGCAAUAAAUAAUAUUAUUAUUCAUAAAAAUAAAUAAUGCUCUGCUCUUAGCAGAGAUGAAGCCUUAACACUUGGGCCAGCCUCUGGCAGCCUUUCUGAGCCAGUUCCAGCCGGGUGUGUUGGGGGAGCCUGAGCUGAGCAGGGCUCCUGUCCCAAAAGCCUGGCCCAGCCCUCAAACCUUGUUUUUAUUAAAGCCUUCCUUUGGUGUGAGGGGACUGGCAUUUACAUCCUCAAGGGCCUUAAGAAUCAAACCUGUUGUUUAUUACUGAAGGAUUAAUGCAUGUUUGUACUCUGCUUUUAGCCCUGGUACUGUUUGUUUUCAAACACCUCUUGGUUUUAUGGAACACUAAAAUAAAGACACCUUAAACCCA